UUAAACUUCCCCCAGACCAGCGGCCCUGGCCUUUCCCAGUUUAUUUGAUGCCCACGACGUGGCCCUCGAUGGUGUCCUGCCCUCCAAAGGGACGCGGCAAACGCUUGUCUGAACGCAAGCGGGAUGAAGAAGACGCCCCUGCCGCGGAGAUCAGGGCGCCUAAUGAAAAGGAGAUUUUAGUUAUGGUGUCCUCUAGGUCCUUGGGCUUUUAUAGGAAAGCAUUUUAAUUCACGGUUCAGGCCACCAGUUCAGGGAAGGCCAAGGGCCCUCCUAGUGUCUCUCCUCAGAUUUGAGGGGUGCGAUGUUCACAGCGCCAUUGUCCAUCCGCGCCGCGGGAGGUGAAACACACUCACCCUCGCAAAGCAUCUUUCCAAGUGGCCGAUCAGUCGCUGUGGGACACGGAAGCCUCCACGGGGUCCAAAGGAGAAAGAACUGCAAGCCGAUUACUCCUGAACCCUCGGGGAGGCGCGAGGCCUCCUCGCCGGGAAAAGGUCCUUCCCCAGACAGCUCGGGGCCCUCUCCUCGUCCCGGAGAAGUGUUGGAGGGUGGCGGGAGUUCCCGCAGAACAGGGGCGAGGUGGGGAACUCCAGGCGGGUCUCCUGCGGAGCCUGAGCCCGGCUGCGCACUGGACGCGGGGCUCCUAGCCUCCUGCUGGACGAUCGGGCGCUAGAGGUCACCCGACCAGUGGGCACAAAUUGCCCUGGGGUAGGCGCUGGAGGGAGGGAGGGAGGGAGGCUGGGGCUCUUAAGUCCGAGGGGACUGGGAGGAGUUAAAACAGAUAUAGAUGGACAAACUAAACGCGAGGCCUGGGAAUUGGUACCACCGACCCCAGAACUGAGUGGGAAGAGAAAAGGGAGCAAGCUGGGGGAAAUUCAAACUCGGACGAGUGCGGAGCUGGGAAGCCUUCGGCUGGGCUCGGCGCUUCCAGAGGGCACCAGGCCAGCGUGGCGGCCCUGCGGAGGUGAACCAGAGGGGGCGAGGGGCGAGUCUGCAGCUGGGGAGGAGUUUCGUCCAGGAAGGGAGGUGACCCCUAGUGGGUAGUCUGAUGUGAGAAGGUAAGCCCGAGGCAGGGGGCGACAAACGCAAGGGGAGAGAUGAGCCCAACGGCGUCGGCUCCACUGAGGCAGGACUAGAGGUGACCGCGAUCGGGUUCCCGGGCCUUUCAAGCAUCCAGUCGCCGAUCCCCGGAGUGUGUUUGUAAAGCUUAAAACGGAUCAAGAAGUAGGAGGGGAAUGUUCCUAGUGCCCGCCUGGGGAUGGCCAAGCGAGGACCCUGAGGCUGGGCCGGGCGAGGACCCGCCCCUCGGUGAAGGGAGGGGCCGAGAGAAGAGGCUGGGUUCCAGGCGAGAGGGGAGGAGCCAAGGACCAGUUGGCUCCCUGCCUUCAGAGCCCAGAGCCCCAGCUACUCCGAGCCCGAACUUCCGACUUCUGGGACUAAGGCAGCAGCGGCCUGAGCGCUCGGCCACCCCCAGCGUGCGCAGCCCUGGCGGGCUUCGCCCGCUGAGCUUGACCUAGGGUCGGAACCCGUCGGGUUGCACCGCGGCACUCGGGAAGAGCCGACUUCGAGCCUCUCCUCUCCAUCUCCAAAGCGUCCCCCCGCCUCCCCACGCUCCCCAUGCACCUGCCGGGCUGCGCGCCUGCCAUGGCCGACGGGAGCUUCUCGCUAGCCGGCCACUUGCUCCGCAGCCCGGGCGGUAGCACCUCUCGAUUGCACAGCAUCGAGGCCAUCCUGGGGUUUACCAAGGACGACGGGAUCCUCGGCACCUUCCCCGCGGCUGGGAGCGCCCGGAGCUCGAAGGAGCGGGAUAGGAGGCUGGGCGCGCGGUCCGCCUGCCCCAAGGCGCCCGAAGGAGGCGCCGAACCCUCCACGCCGCCAGCCCCGGCGCCUGUCCCCGAGUACGAAGCCCCUCGCCCUUACUGCCCCAAGGAGCCCGGGGAGGCACGGCCGAGCCCAGGGCUGCCCGUCGGGCCAGCCACCGGCGAAGCAAAACUGUCAGAGGAGGAACAGCCCAAGAAAAAGCAUCGGCGGAACCGCACGACUUUCACCACCUACCAGCUGCAUGAGCUGGAGCGCGCGUUCGAGAAGUCCCACUACCCGGACGUGUACAGCCGCGAGGAGCUGGCCGGCAAGGUCAACCUACCCGAAGUCCGGGUCCAGGUGUGGUUCCAGAACCGACGGGCUAAGUGGCGGAGGCAGGAGAAGCUGGAAGUGUCCUCCAUGAAGCUGCAGGACUCGCCCCUCCUCUCCUUCAGCCGCUCCCCGCCCUCCGCCACGCUGUCGCCCCUUGGGGCGGGCCCGGGCAGCGGAGGCGGGCCGGCGGGGGGCGCGCUGCCGCUGGAGUCCUGGCUCGGGCCGCCGCUGCCGGGCGGGGGCGCCACCGCGCUGCAGAGCCUGCCGGGCUUCGGGCCGCCGGCGCAGAGCCUGCCCGCCAGCUACACGCCGCCGCCGCCGCCCUUCCUCAACUCCCCGCCGCUGGGCCCCGGCCUGCAGCCUCUCGCGCCGCCGCCGCCCUCCUACCCAUGCGGGCCGGGCUUCGGGGACAAGUUCCCGCUGGACGAAGCGGACCCGCGCAACAGCAGCAUCGCGGCGCUGCGUCUGAAAGCCAAGGAGCACAUCCAGGCCAUCGGGAAGCCGUGGCAGGCCCUGUAGGGGCACUGGGGACCGUCUAGGGAGCCGACCCCGGGCCGAGCUCACCGUACCCGCAUCUUCUCUCCCAGGGACACCCCACUCGGCCACUCUUUCCCCGUCGUCUGCCAGCCAGCAACCCUCCAGGCAUAGUUCAGGGCUGGGCGCCUGCUCCCGACGCACGUGGAGAAGGGUGACUUUCAGGCCAGAGGAAAGGUCCUCUGGCCGCCUCCACACAUUUCGCGGACCUCAGCCCUGGAGGGCAAGAGGCUGCCGGGCCACGCCGGCCACGCCGCUCCCAUCCCCACCGGUCCUGGAGCCCCCAGGCCCAAAGGGCUGAAGCUCCUAAACUUGGCAUUCCCAGGAGGCUUGGAGACCCCCAGAUAACCAUAACAGGGAAGAAGGGGAGGUGGAAAAAUAGUUUGAGGAACUUUUGUAUAAGUAGUUUCCAAGUAUUUGAGAGGAGAAUUAAAGACCUGCUUGUUUUGUUUCGAAUCUGUUUAAGCACGCCCAGGACUUGGGGUGAGGAGUGAAUAUGGGGGUAUGGGAGGAGGGUGCGCUGAUGGGCAGGGUGGGUCAGGGAAAGCGGAGGACUGCGAUGAAGCUCAGAGUUCCCUUGUGAAAAUUCUGGGGACACUUCGCUGCCGCAGAGAAUCGUUCCCAUUCGGAAGGCUUCAGGGACCUGGACGCGCGCGAGGCGCCCUUCCCUGGAGCGGGCGGGCGCAUGUGGGUCCGGAGUGUAUGGAACUAAGGCUCAGCCGCUGGCGCGUUCCUAGUUACCAUGCUAGCCCCAUAGUCCAGCGGCGGCUGAUACUUUGAAGUCUGACUUCAAUAGAAAGCGUCAGGACCACCAUCCCUAGGGUGAGGGCCCCUGGCGUCCCUGCUCCCCUAAGAGCUCCUCUCAGUUCACCUUGCAGAUAGAUCUCCGGUUCGGUGCCAGUCCCUGACACCCAGGGUUGAUGACUAGCGGUACAAGAACUGAGGCAAAGAGAUGCUUUUCCUUUUCGGAGCGGCGAGACUCUAUUACUUCCCCAACUCGCCGCACACCAGCAAACCCAGAGUUCGGUAAAAGGUGAGGCUGGUUAGGAGCCGCUCUAGGAGAGCGCCCUGGAGCGCCCUGCUCCACCGCCCCGAGGGUUAAUUCGGCUAAUUCUUGCAGGCUUGCCCUGGACAGUAUCUGCAAUUCUUUGGCUCCGGCCCUAGGGCGGGGAAGGAAUCCCGAAAUCUCAGCCCGCUUCACAAGCUCCUGAGACUCGGGGGAGUCAGGGACUCCCUCCUGAGCGUCCUCGGCAUCCACCGUUGACACUGGAGCUGCACCACCUCCAGCAGGUUGCCCGCCAACAGGUCCUCGGCCCCCAGUCCACCCCACAACCCCUGUCCCUAAGCGUGCCUUCCGGAUGAUGCCGCUAGAGCCUUAAUUAGUAUCAACUGGCUACUGUCUGUUGGUUCUGAGCAAAUUAGUGAAGCUUCCAGUCCCCUUUCCUCGUCUAAAUGAACCCUAUCUCCCUGGAAGGUGGAAAAGAUGAAAUAAGAUCCCCUGUAAAGGCUUUAUGUAAACUACCAAGACCCAGGCAUGACGCAAUAUGCAUUGUAAUCACGGUUCCCGUUUACCCGAAAUAUUCCCGGCUGUUCUCCGGUUCCUGAAACCGACUUGGGAAAAGGAUGACCACGCCAGGGCUAGGAGUAGGGAACUCUCAUCAUCCAGUCCUUUCUUUGCGGGUCCUAAGAGGCUAUUGUGUAACCAGGGCUGUGUACACCUAGACCUCCAGCUGGUGCCUUGCACGCAGUAGGCUGAUCAGCAAAAAUUUACUGAAUAAAUCCUUUUCCCCAAGUGGUAAUAUCUGCACUUUACCUCACAAGGAUGUCUCCCUGGGGUAGAUGAAUGGAAUAGCCCAUGUGCUACCACCUCUUAGCAAGAAAAAACCCCACCAGAAUGAAUGUGUGGUUGGCCUA